GCAGCAGGCACUGAGUAUUUGUUUAGUAAAAUCCAUCAAUUUGGGUGGCAAAGAAAAGGAAACUGGAGAACCAGGUCAGGAGCAACCUGUGCCAGAGGCACCGCGACUGGGGCUGUCCUGCGCGGGCCAUGCUGUCCCUGGCGCUGCUGCUGGCCCUGGGCGCUGCAGCCCUGCAGCUGGGGAGCAGUGAGAAGAGCUUCCAUAGGGUGGAAAUGGAGCUGAGCUGGGAUGAUGCCCGGCGCUACUGCCAGCUGCACUACACAGACCUUGCUGACCUGCAGGCCAGCGGCCUGAUGAUGCUCUACUCCCUCAUGGACAGCACACACAGGUGGAUCGGCCUCUUCUUUGAUGCAAGCAUUUCUGGCCUGAGAUGGACCAACGGCUCCACCUUCAACUCCCUAACAUGGAGCCAUAGUCUGCCCAACUUUGGGGUGGGCUUCUGUGCCACCGUCUACACUUCAUUGAAGUAUGUCCCCUUGAUGGGGGCCUCCUCAUGCACAGCUGAGAAGCCUUUCUUCUGCUACUAUGACCCUGCCAUUGGGCACCUCAUCUCCACAGAGCCCUCUCUUAGCCCGACCACCUCUCCAAAGCCAGCUGUGGUUCAGAUUGGCAGACGGACCUUCAUGAGAUUUGACCAAGUAAUGACGUGGUCCUUGGCCCUGCUGUACUGCCGCAGCCACCAAACAGACCUGGCCGACCUGCAGACGGUGACUGAUGAGGCAGGCAAGGAGGCCCUGGAGUCCAUCACGAGUGAGACAGAUGCCUGGAUUGGCCUCUACUUCAAUGCAAACUCUGGGUCUCUGAGCUGGUCCAGUGACUUGGGCACCAGGAUCCCCUCCUGGCUACAGAUGCUACCCAAGUUCAGGAGAGGACUGUGUGCAGGGCUCCACACCUACGUGGGCUACUCCCCCCGAGUCUCUUCUGUGGACUGCUCCUCUCUGCAGCCCUUCAUCUGUUUCUACGACCCCUCCACUGGACAUAGGGAGUCAGCGGCGCUGCCGCCACUGUUUCCCCCUUCUGCCUCAGAAGUUAUUCCCUCCUCAGAAGCUACUGUGGAAACAACUCCCAGGAUGAGUAUAGCUAUAACCAGCCUAAGGAAUGGCACUGAUAUAAAAAAUACAGCUACUACUGCUGAGGCCCAACAUUUGAGCUCAGAGUCUACAGAAAAAACAUCAGCACCAAAAUCAGGAUACCCUUUUGGAAUCCUGAAAGCAGAUUUUAUCAUUCCAACUCAGAUGGACCCAGAAGAGAUGAAAGACCAAUUUUUGAGAGAGAUCUAUGACGUCUUAAAGCUUACUUUAGGUCAUGAGCAAUUCACACUGACGUGGAUCAGCUUUGAAGUGAACAACAAGUAGCACACACCUAUUGAUCUGUGGUUUCCUUUUCAUGUAAUCUUCUUGGGAUUUUGAGUGAAUUUUAGUUUUUUUAGUUCCCAGUAGAGCAGGAUUAGAAAGAAUUUGAGAUAUGCCCUGAGCCACAGACCUGCAACUAACACAAAAGAAAACUUUGGAUUAUAUAGAAUGAAACGGCUAAGCAGGAGAAGAUGGGCAUACUUGGUAACAAUAACCUUGAGAAUGACAAACAAGUUUGGAAUUUAAAAUAGAAAACCUGAACCAAACAACAAAAAUUCUGAAAAUAAACCCCAUUAAUCUAACUGGGGGAUUAAAAGAGGAUCAUAGUGGUCUAGGAAGCUAAGUGAGGCUACACUUCCAAAUAACCCAGAGGAAAGUUUCUUUACCAGUCACAAACUAUUAAAGAGAUUUUAAUUUUCCAAAAUGAGGAGCACUGUUAAGAGUGUUAUCACAAUAUAAUAUAUAUUUAAGCUAGUUUCUGUCCUACAUUUAAGGCUUAUUUACCUGGAAGUUGGGAAUUUCUAAGACACAUUGUUCUCAGUGUUAAAAUAUACAGUAUCUUCAGAAUAACGAUCUUGUAUACAUUUUUUCUUGUUUUUCUCCAAAUGUCCUAAGCACCCGGAUACAUGCUGGAAGACAGUAAUAUGUCAAAUACAGUAGCAACUUUAGUCUGAAAUGUUUAAAGUUAAAGUUUAUUUGUACUCUUUGUAGGAAUAUCAAUAAAAGACCUCAAAUGUAUCUAUAUCUGUACAUGUACAAGAACCAUCAAAAAUUAUUCACAGAACAAAAAUAAAUCUUCUUUAGAACAAACCCAGGUAAUGAAAUGUGGAUAUGGAUCUCACAUAUGGAACAAUAUAAGUGCUACUAGCACAAAAAUAUGGCUUUAAAAAUAAAAUAAAAUCUUGGGUAUUGUUUUUCUAAGGUGUAUUUCUCUUUCUUGAAAUAAAAAAUAAAUUAUUUAGAGCUAUCAUUGUAAAAUAGUCAUGUGUGUUAGCACACUCUUAUUAAGGCCCUGGAGAUGAAAAACAAAAUUAAAUUUAGAAGGUAAAUUCCUCACAGGCGUGAUUCAGGUUAAUGUGUUGCUGUCUGCUUAAGUUAAUUUUAAUAUAACUAGGAAAUGUCUAAGCACCAGUUAAAAUUUAACCUAAUUUACUAUUUAACUUUUCUGCAGGAUAGUGGUCAUUGACUCAAUUAAUAUUUAACCUUUUUGUGAAAUGAGAAUUGAAAUUUUUCCCAUGGAAGUUUGGAAAUGACAUACGCAUACUUAUACAUAAAUAUCUGUACCCCCCACACAGACGAUGGAGAUGAUUUUCUGUGGCAAUCUCUCUAUAACAAUAGGUAAAUCUGGUUUUAAGUCCCAAACUAGAAUAAUUGCUAGGGAACAAUGAGAGCGUUAGAAUGAAAAAUAACAAAUGAGUACGAAACUAAAAUGCAUGCUGAAAUGAGCAAAACCUACCACUUUCCUUUUUUUGGGUGAUUCACUGCAUUUGGCAAGUCUCUCUUAGUUGGCUACUCAAACACCUGAGGGUUAACUGAUCAGGAACCAAUCCUACUCUUAGAUCAGUGAUAGUCAACUUUCCUUCUGUGACUCCCCAUGGUAUCAACAGACAAUGUCACACCAAGUCAAUUUCAAGUCACUUUAACUUACAUAUACAUAGAAGACAUAUAGUACAUUUUAAAGUGGAUAGAAUGACUGUUACAAAAUCUAACAAAUGAGAGCAUAAGAUCUAAACAGCUCAAACGUUUGGGAAUCCUGCUUAAUAAAAUGGAUUAACAUUAGAAAAAGGAACCUCUAGGAACUGUGUGUUUGGUGUGGGGGUGUGUGUGUUGUGUAUAGAAACUGCCUUUCUAUGUAUCUUUGUAUUUUAAGAGUGGGAAAGGGAUAUACAUAUUGUUUCCGUGAACUUUUGGGCUACUGAGAAGAUUGCUAUGCAUUAGUACCUUUCUGAAUCAUGUAUCUUUCUUAGGUUUUUUUACUCCUUAUAUUUAUUCUAUCUCAUGCAAAUUUCAUCACUUGUCCUUCCUAAGUUUAAGAGAAUUCAUAACUGGGUCACGACAACAAGAACACUUCUAGAAUUAAUAAUCACUUAAAUAUAAAAAGAUUCUAUUUAAAAAUUCAACAUUCCCUGCUUUUAAUAAACCAAUAAAAUAAACUGACAUAUUGAUAAAAAAACAAAGUUUCCCAAAUUCUUGACCCCCAGGUAAGGGGCGGGAAGGCAACUAUUUAUUGCUGGGGCAAGAAGGAGAUUUCACUACUUUAGUUGAAAAAGGGAAGGGAAUAAAGAAAAAAGUCUUUUUGGCUUUCCACAGUCUGGAGGUGGCUUCUAAAGGUGUAGCUGAAAGUGCAGCAGGGCUUGUGGCCUGGGCUCUUGGCCCAGCUAUCAGUCUAGUCUGGUGUCAAGCAUGGGUGGGACUCAGGGUCAGAUGGAGUAGAAUGAUGGGACUGAGGACAUCCUGAAGAAGGUUCCUUCUGCAGGCUCAGUCCCAUAACCAGCCUUCGCAGGAACUCCAAACCAGAGUUAACUAGAAGAACUAAACCUAGAAGGAAGACAGAACAAAUUCUAAUGCAAACUCACUUGACAAUUAUCUUGCUCUGGGACUUCUGAAAAAGAACUCUGCUCCCAAUCUGGUAUAAUUUGAGGACACAAUAAAAGCCAGUGGUAUAUGCACCACACACAGAUUCAUAAACAAGGGCCAUGGAUAGACUAAGAUCUACUUCUAAAGGCAAGCACAUUCAUUCUCAAG